CGGAUUUCGCGCGCUGAGAGCGUCGGUCCUUCAUUGGCCAGCAACUUCCUCCCUUUGUGGGAGCUCCCAGCGUAGUCGGGGUAAGGGGUUGGGAGGAGCGACCGAGUGACGCAGUAGCCAUCCCAGCCAAUCAGAGAUGGGGAAGCGAGGCCGAGAAGGAAGCGGAUCCACUGCCGCGCAGCUAAACCGCAUCGAGCUAUCCUCUUCGUCUCCCUCCGCCGCUAUAGGGGCCUAAGCGGGAGCGGCUGGGACGGCGUCACUGAGAGGGCUGGGGGCGGAAGUGGAGGCGGAGGGAGACGGUGCAGACCGCAGGGCCUUGGGCCUUAGCGGCGAGGCUCUGGUGGGCGCGAGGCAGGGGAGGGGGAGGAGGAGGAGCCCGCGGCCCGGGCGGCGGCGGCGGCGGCGCCCGAGUUCCCCGUAGGGCCCCGCCUCGGAGCGGGCGGCGGUGCAGGAGGAGACUGAGGAGCAGGAUGGCGGCCUCGGCCCUGUACGCCUGCACCAAGUGUACCCAGCGCUAUCCCUUCGAGGAGCUCUCCCAGGGCCAGCAGCUCUGCAAGGAAUGUCGGAUUGCGCAUCCUAUUGUAAAAUGUACUUACUGCAGAUCAGAAUUUCAACAAGAGAGCAAAACUAAUACAAUUUGUAAGAAGUGUGCUCAAAAUGUGAAGCAAUUUGGCACGCCUAAGCCUUGUCAGUACUGUAACAUAAUUGCUGCAUUUAUUGGUACAAAGUGUCAGCGUUGUACAAAUUCAGAAAAAAAAUACGGACCACCUCAGACCUGUGAACAGUGCAAACAACAAUGUGCUUUUGAUCGAAAGGAGGAAGGAAGAAGAAAGGUUGAUGGAAAGUUAUUAUGCUGGCUCUGUACUUUAUCAUACAAGAGAGUUUUGCAGAAGACAAAAGAACAAAGGAAGAGCCUGGGAUCUUCACAUUCAAACUCAUCUUCUUCAUCUCUUACCGAGAAAGACCAGCAUCAUUCAAAACAUCAUCACCACCAUCAUCACCAUCACCAUCGUCACAGCAGUAGCCAUCACAAAAUCAGCAAUCUGAGUCCAGAACAAGAGCAGGGACUGUGGAAACAGAGCCAUAAAUCCUCUGCAGCAAUUCAGAAUGAAACUCCAAAGAAAAAGCCCAAAUUGGAAUCUAAGCCAUCUAAUGGAGAUAGUAGCUCUAUAAAUCAGUCAGCAGAUAGUGGGGGAACAGACAAUUUUGUCCUUAUAAGUCAACUGAAAGAAGAAGUGAUGUCACUUAAACGUCUUUUACAGCAGAGAGACCAGACCAUUUUAGAAAAAGAUAAAAAGCUAACUGAACUAAAGGCAGACUUUCAGUACCAAGAGUCAAAUUUGAGAACAAAGAUGAACAGUAUGGAAAAAGCUCACAAAGAAACUGUGGAACAACUUCAGGCCUGGGAUUCUUGGCUAAAGAGAAAAGAGGCCUGUCUCAACAGAGAAGCCGCGAGCGAUCUCAGUAAAUGAUUUCAUGUCAUUGUCAGGUCAGCUAUUCAACUGUUCUCAACUGGGUGCUGUUUUGCUUCCUUGGGGACAUUUAGCAAUGUCUGUAGACAUUUUUCAUUUUCAGGACCAGUGGUCAGUGGUGGGGGGUGGGGUUGGGUGCCCCUGAUGUCAACUAAGUGGAGGUCAGAGAUGCUGCUAAACAUCCUACAAUGCACAGAACAUCACCCCCCAGACAAAGAAUUAUCCAGCCUCAAAUGCCAGUAAUGCUGAGGUUGAGAAAACGUGGGCCACUCAAAAGCCUAAAAUGGUUUUUACAUCUCUACUCUUACAAUGGCCUAAAAAGCUUUGACCUUAACAAAAGUCUUUCUGCUACAGUACAGCUUUUAUCGCCCACCAGUGAAAGCAGCUGUUACUACUACUUUAAUUCCAUGAAUUAAAUAUUAAAGAACUGAAAUAUACUAAAGAUUUUACCGUUUCUACUUAAAUAAAUUCCUACUUAUGACCACGAGGUGGAGCACUUCACCGCUAAAUAAUACCACAGCGCACUUGCGGAAAAGCGGUGGGAGUCCCUGUGAUAAGAGCAAGCAUUACUCCUUAACUACCCUUUGUAAUAAGUUUUGUUAUAUACGAUAAGAGGCAAUUGUUUUUCGCAAUUCCACCGUACAAUUCUUUAAUUCAGUCAAUGGAUUAGCUCUCUCACACACACACACAAAAGGAGUUUAAAAUUGUCUUUAGACAGGCUGUUUUUGAAUUCAGAAGUAUUUUUAAAAGAGUUGCUUAAAGAUUUCUGUCUGGAAUUUUUGUGCACAUUUCUCUUUCUCUUUAAAUCCAGUCCCACUUUUGCACUAAGCACAACAUAUGUUUGGCCCUUCCUCCUCCUACUCGUAAGGGAGUUCCUACACUCAGUAUAAACUAAAGUAACUUCUAAGUCAAAAGACGACUGUCUCCAACUAAGCUGUGUCUCUGAGAGGUUUGACAGGGACACGGCAGAGAUGGUCUUGGCUAUGUCAAUGUCAACAGCGUUCUGGACUCCAUGCCACGGUGAAUGAUGGGCUGGGAUUUGGAGUACCCCCCGGGGCUGGAAUGGUAGGCUAAGUCAAGCUGUUACAUGUGUUGAAUGGCUCCAAAAUGAUCAUUUCUUUGUAGAUUUUGCUCAUUUUUGCACAUUUCAUGUGACAUGGAUUUUUCUUUGAAAGGGUGAUUAAAGCCUCCCUUCCUCUUUAGUAAUGGCACAGCUCUGCCAGGUAUCAGGAACCUAUAUGUGGUGGGCCAUUCAGCUACUGAAAGCUCCUCUUUUUAUACUCUCAAUUGUCAAGGCAGCAAGAAAAAUCAUUUCUCCCUUGCCUAGAAAACAACCAACUAAACUGCUAAUGGAAUCUACAUUCUUAUUACUUUACAUCAUUUUCACGUUAUCUUAAGUUCUUUUCUAAGCUAAAUUUCAUUACUGUAAGUUGAUGGUUCAAAAUUGGCUGUAGGAAUUCAGAUACUUCUUUUAGAAAUCAUUCCAAAGUACUUCUUAAAAGGACUAAAAGGCGUUUUAUAUAAUGUUUUCUUUUUAUCACCUUGUGAUUCCUUGAAACAUAAUAGCACUGAGCAAACAGGAGCCACAUAUAAGCCUCUGUUGUCAUUGGCUGCCUGCUCCUAUGGUUACCAAGAUGGGCCCAUGAUGCCCGAUCAUCUAUGUCAGUGAAGUGGCCUGGUUCCUAGACUAUAAAUAUCUGUGUAGCUGUACAGAGUAAAGGGAGGAAAGGGCAUUUGUCAGUAUUUGGUCUCUCCUUUAAGUAAAGAAAUAGGAGGAUAUUGUGAUACAAAUUAUUUUUAAAAUGUAAAGCACUGUAUGUUUUGUGUGUUCUUUAAAUAACUGUGUUCUCAAUCCACAUGUCUCUACCUUUUGGAAGCAUUUGCAAAGGAGUGCAAAGCAAACAUUUGAAUUCGGAAUUGGGUGAUGAAUUCAGCUUGUGCACACAGAUCAUUUGUGACAGGACAUGAGAUCAAAAAUCACAACUGAGACAUGAAGACGUGAUAGAUAACCAGAUUCCAGACCGAGAUGGGCUACCCUUGGGGACUUGUGAAAAGGACGUAACUAGAAACCCGGGACACAAUUCUUAAACCCCUGGCCAACACUGAAGGUCUAAAAAAGUUGAGGAUGGUACCUAGGAGAAGAUUUGUUUGGAGAUAGCUGAGCUAAAAGCCCUUCGUCUUCAUCCAGGGAAGGGCUUUAGUGUGCAAUUCCCCAAAAAGAGGAUCCUUAGUGAGUUCACGUGAAGAGCUUGACAUGUUCCCUGCCAUCGUGGGGACAAAAUGGACCUGUGCCUGACUUCCAACACCUGGUAGCCAUGGCUGGCUUGGCUAGCUUCUCUGAUGGCACCAACAAAGGAAAUGUUGCUAUAUCAAGAGUAAUUUCCAUUCUCAGAGAUUCUUGGGUCAAGGAAGUAUGAGUAGUAUUUUCAGUUGUGGGAAAUGUGAUUCAGCCAGCUUGGCGCUGUUCCAAAUUUUGCCCAAGAGAGCUGCUUUGGGUGGGUGGAAGAUGAGCAGUGAGGGGAGUCCUGCAAAGACUCUUCAUUGAAUAGUCAAAAAGCUGGGCUUUGAGGACACAUAGUGAACCACAGGAAAAUACCUUGCCCAGAUCAUGGAAAGUACAAUGAAAAGUUCCAGUGACAUGGAAGGAGAUCUCAAAAGAACUUUAAUGAAAGCACCAACUUGGCCACAGCUACCCAUCCCAUUAUAAGAGAAGACAUCAGCUCUAAACAUUUACCAGACCCAGAGAGUGAGACUGUCUUAUCAUGAUGACCCUAAAAACUCCCACUUUGCUUAUUGCCCUUGUAUCUCCCUGCUUGGAUACUGGCUGGGUCAGAAACACUGGCAAGCUGCAGAAGAGGACAAAUGCUAAGUAGGGGGAAAGAAGGAUCAUGAUCUCUCUACUGACUGCAAAUGGCUAGCCCACAGCAGUCUGCAGCUGGGGAAGAAAAGACAUGCUAAACUUUAAAAUUGUGAAGUUUUCAUUAAUAUAUAUAGGUGUGAUAGUUGUCUCCAAAAAUUAACCCAUGAAUCACACCUUCCAGUAUUCAAAUCCUUGGGUAUUCCCCUCCUACACUGAAUUUGGGAAGGUUCAAUGUCUCCCUUUAAGUAACAGAAUGCAAAGGCAGUGAUUCUUUGCCAGUUCUGGGCCUAAGCUUUAAGAAUUUCUGGCAGUUUCCAGUGUUGUGUUCUCAGGGAGUCCUUUCUGUAAGAAGGCUAUUUAUGCUGCGAAGGAGACCAUGUGGAAAGGCCACAUGGAAAGGAAAAGUCUGGAGAAGGAAAGGAAACCAGCUGUUUCACUCAAGUUUAAGGUCAAUCUUAUUUCAUCUCUUUCUAUACCCAAUUCUCCCCAAUUACCUUGAAUCUCAAAUCCUUCAUCAUGUAAUUUCAUUUAUAAAUAUUUUAGUAUGCAUCUCUCGAAAAAGAUUUGAAAAACAUAACUCUUAAAGCCAUUUUCAUUAAAAGUUUAUAACUUCUUAGUGUGAUUAGUAUCCGUGUUCAAAUUUUCCCAAUCAUUUUCCACUGGCUAAAAUUAAGAUCUAUAUAAGACCCAUACAGAAUUUUACCAGAGUUGAGCCUGCAAAAGAAGAUACUCACCAAUACUGAGUGGGUCCACCCCACAGAGAUCUUACCAGGCCAGAACUUGGAGGCGUCAGGUACUGGGGAGGUUGGGAAUGAGGCACAGGGCUGAGAAUAAGAAGACUGUUUGAAGGUCUCUAGCCAAGAAAAGAAAAUUUGAGUUGAGAACUCAGCCAUAUCCGACAUCGUGUGUAGCUAGGGUGAGAGAUGGAUAAGAAAGCAGGGAGUGAGAGAGAGUCCAUGUUCAGAAAAUCUAGCCACUCCCUUCCAGCCACUCUCCCUGUCCUGCUUCUAGGAUAUCAGAGCCUGAGAAUGAAUAAAACAAGAGAGACAAAAGGGGCUAGGAAACCACAGCAGGUGUGGUAUGUUGACAUAUCAGAUACUCUAGAUGGGAGAAAGCUGGUGGUUGCCAACAUAGCCAAGAGACAAUGGGGAAAUGGAAGUGCCUGAAAAUAGGGUGCCAACAAUGAGGCUUCACUCUGCAGGAUCCAGUAAAGCCUGGGGACCUGAAGGCAGGGUGGGAACAGCUUAAUGAAGAUAGAUUGAAAUUUAGGCUACUUGAACCCUUCUCCCAUCUUUACAAAAUCUGGCACCUAGAGGUUUAUUUUCCAGAAAAAUUGGAACCAA